AUGGCUUCGUUCAACAUGAUCUCGUUAAACGCACAACAAAAAAGAGCGUUAGAAUUCGUUUCUGGGGGUCACAAUCUAGUACUGUUGGGUCCGGCAGGCACCGGAUUAUCCUUCUUGGUGAAUAGAGUUGUAGAAAUAUGUUUUACCAUGGGGAAACAAUGUGCAGUUACUGCCACAACAGGGACUGCAUGUUCUGUGUAUCCUGCCCAACUCAAGCCAAUGACCAUAUACCGUUGGUCAGGGAUAGGUGAUGGUCGUUAUGACUCAUCUGAAUUGAAAAGAAUUGUGAAAAAUAACGUCCGUUAUAAAGACGUGAUGGACAGAAUUUUCAACACAGACGUUCUGAUCAUUGAUGAAUGCUCAAUGUUUAGUAAAAGACUACUUGAAACUUUGCAUGAAAAUUUAUCCGAUGUGUUAGUGAAUGGACUUAUGGGAGAAGUUUAUGAUAUCUGUGAUGACGGGAAGAUUCUGGUGGAGUUCCCAAAAAUGAAUGAGAAAAUUUAUGUUGACAGGGUCAAAUUUGAAGUUUUUGAUCCCCGGAAGAACAAAGUUGUUGCUACCCGAGAGCAGUUGCCGCUAAAGCCAGCAUAUGCUUUGACAAUACAUAAAAGUCAAGGAAUGACCCUUGAAAGAGUGGAAGUCGACUGCAGGGAUAUUUUCAAACCGGGACAGCUUGGUGUAGCCAUUGGUAGAGCUCGUUCCUUAGAUGGACUUAGAGUUAUAAAUUUCAACAAGAAUGCCUGUAUCAAACAGCCAGAGAAAAUCUAG